AAGCAAGGCCUUAUCAACAAGACCGCCUCCACAUUCUAUAAUGAACCAAUAUUACAAGAUUGAACAAACAGCUCAGACGCUUCGAUAAAUUGUUUCCUUUCUAGGUGGUGUAAAUUUCAAGGCAAAAGGCUGUGGCACUAAUCCCCGUAAGCCAACUUUCUUGCUUUUAAGAAUAGAUCUCUUCUUUUGUUCAAUUCACCAACCCUAUCUCUUCUAUCUUUUGACUGUUCCCGCUUUCAGCAGUAUUUGUAGAGUAAAAUGAGUGCCCUAGAUGCAGCCAGAGCAGAGCUGGCCCUUGCAGUCUUGUACUUAAACAAAGCAGAGGCAAGGGACAAGAUAUGCAGGGCAAUACAGUAUGGUUCAAAAUUCCUGAGUAAUGGAGAGCCUGGCACUGCUCAAAAUGUUGACAAAUCAACUAGCUUAGCAAGGAAAGUAUUCCGUCUUUUCAAGUUUAUCAAUGAUCUGCAUGGGCUUAUCAGUCCACCUGCCUCAGGAACCCCACUUCCACUCAUCUUGCUGGGAAAGUCAAAAAAUGCAUUGCUAUCGACUUUCUUGUUUCUGGAUCAAUUUGUGUGGCUUGGAAGGACGGGCAUUUACAAGAAUAAAGAACGCACCGAGUUACUUGGCAGGAUCUCUCUGUUUUGUUGGAUGGGUUCCUCGAUAUGUACUACCUUAGUGGAGAUUGGGGAGAUCGGGAGACUUUCAGCAUCAAUGAAAAAGCUGGAGAAGGAACUCAAGAAUAAUGAAAAAUACAAGAAUGAGCAAUACCGGAGUAAACUUCAGAAGUCCAAUGAGAGGUCUCUAGCCCUGAUUAAAGCAGGCAUUGAUAUAGUAGUGGCUGUCGGAUUGCUCCAAUUGGCACCUAAGAAAGUCACUCCUCGCGUAACAGGAGCCUUUGGAUUUGUUAGCUCUCUGAUAUCAUGUUAUCAGUUGCUCCCAGCACCGCCAAAGGCCAAGACAUCGUGAAAGGCUCAGACGCCUCUGUUGAAUUCCUAAGAUCACUAGAAUAAUUAUUUAUCAUAUGCACACUGCUUAUGAGGUCUCUGCAGUUCGUCUACAUGUUACAGUAUUUUACCUUGUUUACUGCAUCUUUCAUUUUGUUACAGAACUUCAAUAAUGACAUUGUUGUGUCUUAGAUUCACUGCAUUUGAAUGGUCUGGCAUUUCAAGGCCAGCUAUUGUACUGCAAGAAGAUUUCUAGAUCAUAGUCAACAGUUGAUCCAAGUGUCUUUGGUGGUAAGGACUAGGAGUGAGGAUCUCUCAGAUAGUGGACUAGAUUUGUAUUUAGACAGAAGAUGGAAGAGGCUGAAUGCCACUUCCCCUUUUAAGAGUAAAUAGAGUUGACAUGAUUUGUUUGAAAAUUAUUUUCCUGAGAUAA